UGCUUCAAGAUCACACAAGCAACACCGCAAACCAACUAAGCCUAGCUAAGAUAGUCAGGAGAAGCAAUAUACAGUAAGAGAAAUGGCCAUUCGUGUCUUGCUCCUUGCCGCAGCUCUCCUGGCCUUGUCCUCCUCUCAUGGAGCCAUCGCCUCUGAUCCGAGCCUUCUCCAGGAUUUCUGCGUUGCAGAUAAGAUGUCUCAAGUACGUGUCAAUGGAUUGCCCUGCAAAGCUGCAAAGGACGUGGUCGUCGAAGAUUUCUUCUUCUCCGGCCUUCACAUGCCUGGCAACACCACCAACAAGCAAGGCUCUGCAGUGACCGCGGUCAACGUGGCACAGAUCGGUGGGCUCAACACCCUAGGAGUCUCCCUCGUUCGGAUCGACUAUGCGACCAAUGGCCUCAACCCUCCCCACACUCACCCGCGUUCCACCGAGAUCUUGACGGUACUCGAGGGCUCCCUUGAAGUUGGCUUCGUGACCUCAAACCCUGAUAACAAGCACUUCACCAAGGUUCUCAACAAGGGAGAUGUGUUUGUGUUCCCCAAGGGUCUUGUGCAUUACCAGUUCAAUAGGGGAACAACCCAUGCGAUAGCUAUUGCAGCGUUGAGCAGCCAAAACCCUGGGGUGAUCACAAUGGCCAAUGCAGUGUUUGGAGCGAAGCCUUCCAUCUCAGAUGAUGUUAUUGCUAAGGCCUUUCAGGUGGAGAAGAACACGGUAGAUUGGAUCCAAGCUCAAUUCUAACUAUCUGAACCAAAGUGUUUGUUCGUACGUUCAGUCGCCUAUUUUACGUUUAGCUUUAUUUAAGUUGCAUUCUUUAUGAUGUUGUAAGUUGAUAUCAUGUGUCUGUGUGUGUUCUUUAUGUUUUCCAUGAGUAAUGAAUUUUCUGUAGUACAAUCCUAUUUUUAUUAACAAAAGAAAUUUGCUUGUUUCUUGUUA